CGGUGUGGCAGAUGAAACCGACUCUUUCACCCCAUUAUAUACCUCCACAUCUUCUUCCUCUCUUUCUCUCUCUAACCAUUCAAGAACAGUCAAUUCAACUACCUUUGCCGGUGCCGGAAUCCCAGCCUCUGCAUGUUCUGCUUCCUUCAACUCUAAUCUUUCUUUCCUUCCUUUUCUAUCUUUUACCAUCCCAUUUUUCCUUCAUCUUUCAUUGCAAACUUAUUGCUGGGCAUGCCAAUCUGCUCUCCUAUUAUCGGAUAAAACCCACCGGAAAUGGCUCCGGAAAACAACUGGCUCUCGUUCUCUCUUUCUCCGAUGGAGAUGCUUACUUCUGCUACCUCUCAGCCUCAGCAGCAGUACUACUUUAAUGAUAAUAGCUUCUAUGCAACUGGUUGGACUAACGGAGUCAAGGCAUCGACGAUGUACACCAGCGACAACGGUAACGGUAACGAAGACGUGAAAGAAACCGAUGAUUCUCCGAUGUUUCGGAGCUUCAUGGAGUCACAUAUCAACCAACAACAAGCUCCAAAACUAGAAGACUUCCUCGGCGGCGACACCACGGCCACCACCACAGCCACCACCCAGUUCCGUUACGCUGACGUGGCGCAAACGGAGACACAAGACUCAUCCUCUUUGACUCAUAUGUACGAUGGAACCGGUUCGGUUUACUUUUCGGACCAGCAAGAUCUGAAUGGUAUCGCGGGCACGGCCGGGUUCCAGACGUUUUCGGCGAACUCGGGGUCCGAAGUGGAUGAUUCGGGGACUCAUUUGACCGAGUUUGUAGGGCAGUCGAUUGAUUCGGGUAAUGAGUUAGCGUAUGUACAGUGUCCGAUGAACGCUUUGUCGUUGGGUAUGACGGGCGGAGGUACCGGGUCCGGGCGCGAUGAGAAGGCGGUUGUGGCGGUGGAUUCGGGUGAGCAGAAUAAUAAUAAGUGUAAGAAGAUUGCUGAUACUUUUGGGCAAAGGACAUCAAUCUAUAGAGGUGUUACUAGACAUAGGUGGACUGGUAGAUACGAAGCGCAUCUUUGGGAUAAUAGCUGUCGAAGGGAGGGUCAAGCAAGGAAAGGACGUCAAGUCUACUUAGGUGGUUAUGACAAGGAGGACAAGGCAGCAAGAGCGUACGAUUUGGCCGCGUUGAAGUACUGGGGUCCCACCGCCACCACAAACUUUCCUGUUGCAAAUUAUGCGCAAGAAUUGGAAGACAUGAAAAGCGCAACCAAACAAGAAUUCAUUGCAUCUCUAAGAAGGAAGAGCAGUGGAUUUUCUAGGGGAGCCUCGAUCUACCGAGGAGUAACGAGGCAUCACCAACAAGGUCGGUGGCAAGCAAGGAUCGGGCGCGUAGCCGGAAACAAGGAUCUUUAUCUCGGAACUUUCACUACUGAAGAGGAAGCAGCUGAAGCUUAUGACAUAGCAGCAAUCAAAUUCCGUGGGGUGAACGCGGUGACAAACUUCGAGAUGAAUCGGUACGACGUGGAAGCGAUUUCCAGCAGCUCACUUCCCGUUGGCGGAUCAGCAAAGCGCAUGAAAGUUGCUUCGUCUGACGUGGAGCAGAAACCUAUGAUAGGUAGCCACCAACUGCCGCCACAGUACGGCGGCAGCAACAGUGGGAGCAACAUCAGCUUCGCAUCUGUGCCGCCAGUUUACGCUCUGCCGUAUGAUCAUCAAAACUCAAACUCAGCGCCGGUGUAUCACCAUCAGAGUUUGUUUCAUCAUCUUCAGUCCGGGCAUGGUGUUGCGCCGCAAACAGUGGGUCCAAUGGCGCUAAUGCCGCCUCCGGCUGAGUUCUUCAUUUGGCCUAACCAGACGUAUUAAUAUGGAUCAAAAGCAGUCUACAUAGUUAAUUAGUAGCCAUGAACAAGCUCUUAAUGAUGUGCUGGGCUAGUUUCACUUUCGAGCUUUGAUCGCUGACCGUAAUCUGCUGACUGAUCUAGCUUAGUGGUUUUAGUAUUAGUAUUUCGUUUCUUUGUUUUGGUUCUGGAGGACAAGUUAUAAGGUGAACAAUGGGGAAUUAAUGACCAAUCUUUUUGGUUCUUGGUACAUUUUAGCGUCUAUUUUGAACUUUUGACCAUUGACCAACAUUGGAUUGUAGCAAGAUGUGCAUGUGUUUGGACCUUUUUGUUGAUUGUGAAAGACCAUUUUUGCA